AUGAAACCCUCUAACUCUGCCGCCGCGCGGUUUUAUGGUCUUCCGAAGGUACCCAAAUCUAACAUACCUCUUAGACCCAUCGUCUCCCUACGUGGUACUCCUACUUUCGGUUUGGCAAAAUGGAUGUUUGCUCGUCUUAAGUUCCUGGCAGAAGGAUCGCCAACAACAGUGGCCUCUGCUAAUCAGUUCCUUGAACGUUUAAAACAUCUGAAACUAGAGCCAGAUGAAUCCAUGGUAUCGUUUGAUGUCGUUUCACUCUUUACCUCCAUUCCACAACAACUAGCGAUUGACGUUGUGAGACAACUCCUGGCUGACCGCUACAACGAGAGAGACAAUCCCCUGAAGACUGAACAUCUCGUGGAGCUCUUACGCUAUUGCCUAAAAACAUAUUUCACCUUUGGUGGACAAAUGUAUGAACAAAUCAAAGGCACCCCUAUGGGCUCCCCCAUAUCAGGGCUGAUUGCUGAAGUGGUUCUUCAACGGAUAGAACACUUGGUGUUCACCAAGUAUCAACCAAAGUUCUCGGCUCGUUACGUCGAUGACACCUUCGCCAUUGUCAAAUCAUCUGACGUGGAGCACCUUAAAGAAUUACUGAACUCGGUUGACCAGAAUAUGCAAUUCACGAUGGAAGCCGAAACAAACAACCAACUUCCCUUCCUCGAUGUCCUUGUGCGUCGGUGUGCAACUGGACAAUUACAAACUACCGUUUUCAGAAAAGCCACCAACACAAGACAAAUACUGCGCUUCAACAGCAAUCACCCCCUCUCUCACAAACGCAGCUGUGUCCGUACUCUGUUCCAAAGAGUUGAAACACACUGCAGCACACCAGCCGACAAAAGAGUUGAACGACAAUAUCUUCAUGAUCUCUUUCAAACCAAUGGAUACCCAAGCCACUUCAUCAAGCAAAGCAAGUGCCGAGUGAACAGACGACGGCCACAAGAAGAACAACCCGAAGUCUGGAGGGCUAUUCCUUACAUUAAAGGAGUCUCCGAAGCGGUUUCAAGACAGCUACAACCCGCCAGGGUAGGUAUUGUCCAUCGACCCCAGGCAACAAUUCGUCGCCGUUUGAUGCAACCCAAAGACAUACUGCCACCCACUGAAACCUCAGCAGUUGUCUAUCAAAUACGUUGUAAGGAUGGAGACUGCAACUACGUUGGGGAAACCGGACGGAAAUUGCAGACCCGCCUACAUGAGCACAAACUGGCAACACGGAGACUAGACCCAAACUCACAGCUUGCGGCUCACAUCGGGGAAACUGGUCUUAGUUUUGAUUUUCAAGGAGCAGCCGUCACAGGCAGGGGCACCUCAAGGACUGAGCGUCUCACUCUUGAGGCUUGGUACUCAGAUGCCAACUCCAUCAACAGGCAUCUAGACCUUCCUUCGGCCUAUAAAGUCCUACGUCACUUCAUACACCGUGACGAAGACAAGACAAUCACACGGAGCCUAAGAAUGCCGAGCAAACACGGCCUGUCGACCACUUCACCCAAAAGGGGAAAGCAAACGCAACCAACCCCAAUUGAGGUGACGACACGUAUUACAGGAGGCCACAAACAUUCACAGGCGACGGCCAGUAGGCCGAGGCAAAGAAGGAAGAAAAAAAAAAUCGAUCAGCCCAGGGCCAACUAA